AUGGGACGUAAAGAUUGUAACAGUUUUAUUUAUAAUUAUCGAGCUUCUGUAAGAUCUUCAACUGUUAGUCUUUUGAUAGCUGAUUACUGUGAACUUUCUAUUUUAACACUUUGUCGAGAAUAUGAAAUUUGUCAUCUAACAGCAUCUCUAUUCUUUAAAGAGGAUAAUGUUAAAGAUCAGUUUUACUAG